GCCAAGAUCUUUGCUCCUACACCGCCAGGUGCCCGAAAGGUAGUACUCGCCACCAACAUUGCAGAGACUUCCCUGACAAUUGAUGGAAUUAUCUAUGUGAUUGAUACAGGUUUCUGCAAGCAGAAUUUCUACUCUGCUCGUUCGGGAAUUGAGUCACUUCUCGUGGUACCGAUUUCCCGGGCUGCGGCUGACCAACGUGCUGGGAGAGCUGGCCGUGUUGCUGCUGGCAAAUGCUUUCGUCUCUACACAUCCCACGCCUACCACACGGAGUUAGAAGCACAACCAGUUCCUGAGAUCCAGCGCACAAACUUGGGCAACGUAGUUUUGCUACUGAAGUCCCUUGGUAUUGACGAUCUUCUGCAUUUCGAUUACAUGGAUCCUCCGCCCCACGACUCCUUGGUGAUGGCUCUGGAACAACUCUAUGCGUUGGGAGCGCUCAACCACAAAGGUGAAUUAACUAAAACUGGUCGUAGGAUGGCGGAAUUUCCUUGUGACCCGAUGCUAUCGAAAAUGAUUCUUGCGUCAGAAAGGUAA